AUGCCACGAAACCGCUUUGAGAAAAUCAAGAAAUUUUUGCAUUUCAAUGAUAACUCUACGCUGCCAACACCAUGUGAAGACAGGCUCUUCAGGCUGCGUCCAUUCUUCGAAAUAGUGCGUGCAAAAUUUCUGGACCUCCCGUUCAGCAAGGAGAUGCUGUCUGUUGAUGAGCAGAUAAUACCCUACAAGGGAAAGAGCUCACUAAAACAGUACGUGCCAAACAAGCCCAGAAAAUACGGGUACAAGAUGUUCGUACUUUGCGAUUCAACAGGCAUUGUGCACAACUUUGAACUGUACACGGGGAAGAUACUCCCUGCAAAUGGACACUGUGAUGUCGGUGCGAGUGGCAACAUAGUGCUCACCCUCGCAUCCGCCAUUCCCUCCAACAAGAACUAUAAACUCUACUGUGACAACUGGUUCACGAGUGCUCCCCUAUUCUACGAGCUUGCAAAAAAGGGCGUUUGGGCUCUUGGGACUGUGAGGCGAAACCGUCUACCUGGAUGUAGUCUGAAAGAUGACAAAGCUCUGAAAAGUGCUGGCCGUGGAUCCUUCCAUGAAAAGACUGCGUCUCAUGAUGGUGUACCAUUUCAUGCCGUCACGUGGUUUGACAAUCGUUCAGUUAGUUUUCUGAGCACCUUUGUGGCCACUGAUCCUGUUGAAGAUGUCAGAAGAUAUGACAAGAAGGAACACAGGCACAUAGAAGUACCGUCGCCUGCAUGUGUAAGAAUAUACAAUAAGUACAUGGGUGGCGUUGACCUCGUCGACCAGAUGGCUAGCUUCCCGGACACCUUUGAAAUCAAGAAAGUGGUACCUCAAGAUCUUUUUUUUUCAUCUGAUUGA